AAUGCAGUGAGAUAAGCGCCACUGGCUACCCUCGAUCGCCUCCGCAGUCUAGGUACGAUGGCAUCGAUUUGUAGAUCUCCUUCGACUGAGACAUGCUUACGAUCGUCUGGUUUCAUUUGCGGUGGGUUAGCUAAUCCUGUCUCACUUGUUAGUACAUCGCUGUAAUUAGCGAAAAGCGGUCGUUACUUCGGGUUUAUUCUGCAGCUGACUGUAUGUCGAGUAGUUUUAUUUAAGCUUUGAAGAUGAUCGACGUUGAUCAGUAUAAGUUUGAACUAACCGAUCAGUUUCGGACGUUGGCCAAAGAAGAACUCCGAGAAGACGAAAAUGUGCGGCAACAGGCCAUGGCCCAACUCAAGGAAUGGAUCGAGAAAAAUCCCUACAUCAAAAAUUGCCGAACGGAUGCCACGUUUCUGCUUAAAUUCCUGCGGUUUCGAAAGUUUGCCGUUCAUCAAGCUGGAGAAGCGAUCGAGCGAUAUCUGGUGGCGCGGAAAAAAAUUCCCCAGUGGUUUCAAAAGCUGGAUCCACGUGACCCAGCCAUGCAGGAAAUCCUCUCCGACAUUCCACUGACGGCGAUCGGUCGGGAUGAAAACGGCAGGACCAUCAUAUUGAUUCGCAUUAGUCGAUAUAAUCCGGAAGUGAACACAAGCACAACCAUUCUGCGGUUUGUGAUGAUGAUGCUGGAGAUCAUGAGUGAAGAUGAAGAAUUUCAAAUUGCCGGAGUGCGCGUUUGGGAAGAUCACACCGAUAUGACGUUGAAGUUUAUGGGAAUGUUCGGAUUGUCCGAAAUCAGUUCAAUGAUGGAGAUACUCACCAAAACGAUGCCAUUGCGGCUUCGGGAAAUUCAUGGAAUUAAAUUGCCGAAGUUUGCUGUAACAUUGGCCAAUUUCGCGCUUUCCCUGCUCAGUUCGAAAUUGCGAGAGCGCAUUAUGUGCCACGCAACGGUUUUGGAAGCGAAGCAGCAUCUGCAGGAAUCGCUCUGGCCCAAGGAGUACGGUGGUCCCGUCGAUGUGGAUGCCCUGAACCAGCAAAUGAAGAAAAAGCUGGAAGAGAAACGCGACUUUCUGCUAAGCCUGGACGAUAUGGACAUUGACCUGCAACACUACGGCCAUCUGUUGGGCAACGAUUCCGUGGUUUCCAACACGGAGAUCGAGUCAGGGAUGGUUGGCACGUUCCGAAAACUGAAUGUGGAUUAAAGUGGAAAUGUGAUAUAGGGUAGUAAGGAUCUGUUUUGCAUUAGUUGGGAUUUUUGUAAUAUUAGUGUACACGUUAUUGGAGAGGAAUAAAUACAUGUUUAUUACAAAA